AUGGAAGAAUUCAAUUGUUUAAAUUUCGACUCUGCGAUAAGUUCAUCCCGAUAUCCGAACAAAGCAAGCCUUGACCUCACAAAUUGUACAAACACAGAUACUGAAAUAAAUACUUCUUAUCGCUCUGAACGUAACCUAAAAUGCCAAAAUAAGCCAAAGUGCAUACAACUAAGCAUAUCGAAUGUACUGAAAGCAAAUCAGUUGAGAGGGAGAAGUUCCUCAACGAAUCCUUCAACUCCUACUACAGCUUUGCAAAGAAAACCAUCCAUCCCCACAGGUAAGACUCCCAAAUUUCCAAGAGAAAGCUGCUCAUUAUCCCCAACUAGAUGCGUAAUCCCUAUAUCCAAGGUAUCAUCCUGUGAUGUCAGUUUUUCUAUUAAAUUACAGGAAGAUUUGCUUAAAAGAACAUUAGAAAGAAAAUUGCUUGCACAAGUGGUAAAGAUGAAUAAUGAAAGAGAAAUUAGCGUAGAAAACCACAGAAGGCAGAAAGAAGAGGAUAAGCCUAUGAAUGCAAGCAAAAAGCUUUUUGAAAAAGAAAACUCUACAUGCAAGAUAGCGCCGACAAAUAAUAAAGAAACAAAGUAUAGCGAAAUAUAUGCUAGACAUCAGCAGUUGAAAGAAAUUAGCAAUUUGAACACAACAGCGUUAGGAGUAUGCACAAGAUUAAACGCAACAGGAGGGUCUUGCCAAGGCCUUGGAUACUCUCAAAAAAGAAGAAAAAAGAAUCAAGAAAACUUGACGAUAGAAGUAAAAAAUGCAUUUUCUUAUAGCAUGAAAAAUGGAUGUGGAAGCCCGUUUUCUUCUAAAGAUUUAGAGAAGAGGUAUAAUAAAUUGACAGGCCAACUAGACACGAUAUCUCAGAAGAUUCAAGAUGUUAUAGAUAAAUGCUCUGAUUAA